GAUGCACGAAGAAUAGAAGACUCUGUGCUGAUUGGAUGCUCUGAGCAGCAGGAAGCAUGGUUUGCUCUGGAUCUAGGUUUGGAUAGCUCCUUUUCCCUAAGUGACAGGGUUUCACCAUGUUUGCCAGGCUGGUCUUGAACUCCUGACCUCAAGUGAUUCACCCUCCUCGGCCUCCCAAAGUGCUAUGCCUGGCCUUUUUUAACUUUUAGAGAUGGGGUCUCGCUGGAGUGCAGUAGCUAUUCACAGGUAAGAUCAUGGUGCACUGUAUGUAGCCUGGAACUCCUAAUGGCCUCAAGGCCAUCCUCCUGCCUCAGCCUCCUGAGUAGCUUGGACUACAGGCACACACCCCCACACCCAGCUGAGAACCUGGAUAUUUUUUACUUUCUCCAGUUGAAUCUUACGAGGCAAGUUUGGGAAACACCAUUUUAACAGGAUAGACUGGAGAGAGGCCCUGAGGCAGAGUUUGUCAUUGUUUAAUUUCAUUAUCUUUUCUAAUUUUUUAGCCUCCUUACACAAACCUGAAAUGGAGACAGAGCUCAAGGGGUCUUUCAUUGAGCUGAGAAAGGCUCUCUUUCAACUCAAUGCAAGGGAUGCCUCCUUGCUGUCCACGGCUCAAGCUCUUCUCCGCUGGCAUGAUGCUCAUCAGUUCUGCAGCAGAAGUGGGCAGCCCACCAAGAAGAACGUGGCUGGCAGCAAGCGUGUGUGCCCUUCCAAUAAUAUCAUCUAUUAUCCACAGAUGGCUCCUGUGGUGAUCACGCUGGUGUCAGAUGGGACCCGAUGCCUGCUUGCCCGCCAAAGCUCCUUUCCCAAGGGAAUGUAUUCUGCCUUGGCAGGUUUUUGUGAUAUAGGUGAAAGUGUGGAAGAGACCAUCCAUCGAGAAGUUGCAGAAGAGGUGGGAUUGGAGGUGGAAAGCCUGCAGUACUAUGCAUCCCAGCACUGGCCCUUCCCUAGUGGCUCACUCAUGAUUGCUUGCCAUGCAACUGUGAAACCAGGGCAGACAGAAAUCCAGGUGAACUUGAGAGAAUUAGAGACAGCUGCCUGGUUCAGUCAUGAUGAGGUAGCUACAGCCCUGAAGAGAAAGGGCCCCUAUACUCAGCAACAGAAUGGGACUUUCCCAUUCUGGCUGCCCCCUAAGUUAGCCAUCUCCCACCAACUGAUUAAGGAGUGGGUGGAAAAACAGACCUGUUCUUCCCUGCCUGCUUAGCCCAGAUCAAGUCACUUAGAUCGCUCCUUGGUAUUCCUGAGGGACAAACUAGAGAUCAGUUGACAAAGGAGAAGUGACAAAAGACAAGCUGCAGAAGGACCUCAGAAGGGCAGAGGGUGAGCCUACAGUAAGACACUUCUAUCAGCAGUGUUAAUGGAAGAAAUUCCUACCAAUGGGCAAUCAAAAAAGCCAGCGUGAGAAGAAAACUGAUGAGCUGUCAACUGUCAAAAAUCAGGGGGAAGGAGGAAGCAUUAGUUUGGAUGUAGGCCCUUGUUCAGUCAUUUUCUCUAAGGCCUUGGAAGCAAACAUCUGGCAUAUGGCUUGUUAAUGUUGUGUUUACACUAACUGCCAAAAUGUGCCUGUUGUAAGUUUGGUUAAAACUUUAAUCUUAGUAUUGAAAAUACAUAGCAAGUUUCAAGUCAUUACUGAGUUACUUGUUACCCUUACAGAAUUAAGAAAAAUUGCACAGUAUAACAUUUUUAAAUUAAUGUACAGGUGCAUUCUAGUUACAUGAACAUGGUAGUUAAAUAGAAGUCAUAAUUAAGUCAUUAUGACUCAGAGUACUUUAUAAUAAAUCAGAUGCCAUGAGGCUCUGUUGGGGAAGUACAAUCCCAAUGGGACUCCAGACAGUAAAUCUUUUUCGCUGUUUUCAGCUCUGUCACAUGCUCAGUUUGUGACCCAGGGAAAAGACUAUUGCUUUGCCAUGCCUGUUUUCCUAAAUAAAACAGUUGCUGGCAUUUGCACAUCCACAAUGUGUUGAUUAACAAAGGGAUUGGUGGAGAUAAACAGAUGCCAAACCUGACCUAUUUCUUAAACUUUAUGGAAUAAACUAAAUUUAGGAUUUCUCAUCAUUCGUAUAUGAUGCCAUAAGGAAGAAGAGUUUAUUUGGGGAAAAUAAAAUAAAUUUCCACACCUUU